AUGUAUGUGAUUCAGGUGAGGUGGCUCUACAACUCCUUGGUGGUGUCGGAGGAUGACAACGUUACCAUGGAGAUGGUCGAUGCCGACAGGGCGCGCUUCACCAUCCAGCGGCCAUACGCCAGUGAUUGGUUCCUGGUGAUCAAACCCGCACAGAGAAAGGAUGCUGGCUCGUACGCAUGCGUGGCGAAUGCAUCCACCGUCAUAUCCGCCCGAGUGGUCAUAGAGUACGCCCCGAAGAUCGUUGGUUAUCCAUCACGUGACAUCCACAUGCAGGUGUGCGAGCGGACACCACGUGUCGUCAUGUGGUGCAACGUAACCGGUCAGCCCUCUCCCGCCGUAAAGUGGUUCUACCGGAAGUACGAGAACUCGCCUCUGACUUAUAUCGGCCUCUAUAAUCACAUGAUUUUUAUUCCGGACGUGGAUCACUCUAACCAAGGUCAAUAUCGAUGUGAGGUCAGCAACGCGCACGGAAAUGACGUCAUUGUAUUCCACGUUCACGUCAUAGAUCGGAUUCUAACACUGGAUCCAAAAAACCCAAGCAGGCCGGGAAUCAUGAUAAACACCGGAAAUGCCGCCGAAGCUUCUUCUAACGGGGGCCAUAAUAACAACAAUGACAACAACAACAACAACGCGUUCACGCUAAUGCUGGCGGGUCUUGUUUUAUUGAAUGUGCUUGAAUGA